ACUUAUAUUUUAUUUUAUAAAUCAUGGGUCAGGUUAGAACACAUUCUUGUUGAAGAAAUUAUAGAUGAUAUUUUGAAAAAACUGAAUCGUUAUUCCGUCAGUUAUAAUCAAGGAAUCAUCGGUAUUGAAAAACAUAUUGAAGAAAUUCGAUCCUUGUUGGAUCUUGAGUCACCGGAUAUUCGGAUCAUAGGAAUUUGUGGCAUGGGAGGAAUGGGAAAAACUACAAUUUCUGAACAAUUAUAUCACACAUUGGCAGUGCAGUUUGAUUCCCACAGCCUUGUUUUAGAUGUUCAAGAAAAACUACAAAGAGAGGGAAUACACAAUAUCAUAGCAAAAUAUUGGUCUGAGCUUCUAAAGGAAACAUCAUCCUCUCAUUUAUCAUAUUACAAUGAACGGAUGAAACGGACAAAGGUCCUCCUCAUUCUUGAUGAUGUGACCGAUUCAACUCUACUUAAGAAAUUAAUGGAAGGAUGUGAUCGCUUUGGGCUGGGUAGUAGAAUCAUUAUGACCAGUAGAGACAGACAAGUGCUUAAGAAUGCUGGAACUGAUGAUAUCUACGAACUUAAGGAGUUGAAUUUUUAUGAUUCUCUAAAACUUUUUAAUUUACAUGCUUUUAAACAAAAUUCUUCAAAAGAAAUUACUUACAUGGACUUGUCAAUAAAGGUGUUGAGAUAUGCAAAAGGGGUUCCGUUAGCUCUCCAAAUUUUGGGUUCAUUGUUAUAUGACAGACAAAGAGAAGCAUGGGAAAGUCAGUUGCAAAACUUGGAGAAGUGCCAAGAUCAUGAUAUUUUCAAUGUAUUAAAAUUAAGUUAUGAUGGACUCCGUGAGGCGGAGAAAAAUAUAUUUCUUGACAUCGCUUGCUUUUAUAGAGGACACAACGAGAUUGUAGUAGCAGAAACACUAAAUGACUGUGGUUUCUCUUCUAAGAUUGGAAUGGAUGUUCUCAAAGAUAAAUGUCUCAUAUCUAUCUUGGAUGGUAGAAUUGUGAUGCACGAUCUAAUACAAGAAAUGGGUCAAGAAAUUGUUCGUAAAGAGUGUCCUCAACAUCCUGGAAAACGCAGCCGAUUGUUCAAGGCUGACGAAAUUCAUGAGAUUUUAAAAAAAAACAAGAUGCAAUACAAUGUAUAUUACAAGAUAUAG